AUGAACGACACCCACCCAUCCACCAAGCCCCCAGAGGCUACCAAAUCAAACAGAUGUAUCUGCUGUGCUACUGAGACUAGGGGCGGAUGCGUCGCCUGCGCAGAAGCACCCGAAUAUGUUCCUGGCGAUGCCCAGGAGGUCCUCUACUGCAGCGCAGACUGCGAAUUCAAGGAUUCGCUGAAUCACCAGGACCAUUGCAAUGCUAUGAAGGAGCGAAAGAAGCUCCUCCGAUGUGCCGAGCUCCUGAGAGACAGUUUCUUGGCUUUUCGCGAAGUUCUUUUCGAUCUUUCUCUGAAGGCCAUCACCUUUGACAAUGGACAACUCAUGCUGCACCCCGAUGAACGUGGCCAGUCAGAUCUCAGCUUGCGCUUCCCUUUCCCUGAUAAUCUCACCUCAAAUCCCGCACACAAAGCUGCGGCUUUGCUUUACUGCCAGUGUACUGCAGCUGCAUUCAUGCUUGCUCCCAUGGCUAGAAGUUUGCUCAAGGAAGUUUGUUCCAAGGUGGAGGUCUGCUCCCUCUCCAUGAGAUCCAAUCCCGAGAGCCGCCCAAUUCAAACUCUGGUCGUCGGAACAACCGUGAGAGAAAACUAUCACACUGUGCUGGUCGUGACGCUGCGCCUGAGCGAGGAGCAAUGGGUCAUCGAUACAACUGGCGGCCAGUUUGGGCACCAAGAGGUGAUCGUGCCUUACAAGAAGUACAUGGAUGAGAAGGGAAGCUUGCUGGCGUCUCCACUUGUGCCAUAUGACUAUGGCCUCGUCGACGAUCUGGACAUGUGCCGAAACAAUUCUCCUCUUGAUCCAUACGACGUUGAAGGCGUGUACUUUAUGGCGGCUGCGCGGGAUCGCCAGUGGUUUGCCCGCUUUGUGGACAAAUACGUCAGGGAUGACUUCUUGCAUGGCUUGGAUUGUGAUAUGAGGCUGUUGUCGGAGGCCUUCAUCGCCGGUCUCAAGGAUCAUCUCCGUCGUUUCCAAUUCAAUGGAACUUGA